AUGUUUUUUUUUGUUUAUUUUGUUGGUUGCCGAAGCCAACAAAAGCCAUAUUCAAUCGGAUUGUUCAAUCAAAAUCAACGAAGAAAAAAAUACACGAAAAAAAUUGAUAAACUAGAAAAAAAACUGCAUAAAAAAAAUGUUAACGAUCACAAGAAUAAAAUAAAUUGUAAGGAAACGAAACAAGAAAUAUAUAAAUUAAAGUGUAGCGAUUAUCUAUCUUUAGCUUCAAGGAUGUUUGCCGAGGGAAAGCGAAGUGAAUGCAAUGAAAAUAUAUUAGUUCGGUUGAAGGGCAUGUCCAACGAGUAG